CAUUCCAAUACCAAUUCAGUGAAUCACCUUUUAUCUCUUCUCUUCCCUUCCCUUCCCUCCUUUCUACACCAUUUCCCUCUAAAAUAAAGAAAAAGUUUUAAUAAUAAAACUUUACUUUUCUCUCUCUGUCUGUGGCCAAACUGUAACAAAAUUUGUUGUACGAAUCUCACUAAGGAACUUCUCAACAUCUUCUUCGAAUUGGAUUCUUCUAGUAACAAUUUCCUGGAGUUUUCGAUUAUUCGUGAUUCUCUGCUACCUAAUCUGAACUGAGGUUUUUUUAAAACAGUUUGGUUUUGGUUUUGCUGAAUUUGAUCAAGAAGUUUGAUUAAUGAGAAGAAGAUCUGUUCAACUAUCUCUCAAUUUUACUGGAAAUGGAGAAACGAGCGCAUAAAUUACAGGAAUUUGUAGCGCAUUCGUCAAAUGUCAACUGUUUAAGUAUCGGAAAGAAAACUGGUAAAGUUUUUAUAACAGGUGGAGAUGAUUACAAGGUGAAUCUAUGGGCGCUUGGGAAAUCAACUUCUUUGCUGAGCCUAUCUGGUCACACGAGUUCAAUUGAAACUGUAGUUUUUGAUUCCGCGGAGGUUUUAGUUCUCUCUGGAGCUUCUACUGGUGCAAUAAAGUUGUGGGACUUGGAAGAGGGAAAGAUUGUACGCAAUUUAACGGGACACAGGUUGAACUGCACUGCUGUUGAAUUCCAUCCUUUUGGAGAGUUCUUUGCUUCCGGCUCUUCUGACGCCAAUCUUAAGAUUUGGGAUAUCAGAAAGAAGGGAUGCCUUCAUACUUAUAAGGGUCAUACCCAAGGAGUUAGUACAAUUAAGUUUUCUCCUGAUGGUCGUUGGGUUGUUUCUGGUGGAGCUGAUAAUGUGGUUAAGAUAUGGGAUCUAACAGCUGGAAAGCUUCUGCAAGAGUUUAAAUACCACGUGGGGAAAAUUCGGAGCAUAGAGUUUCAUCCUAUGGAGUUCCUUCUAGCCACAGGCUCUGCAGACCGAACUGUAAAGUUCUGGGAUCUAGAAACCUUUGAACUGAUUGGAUCUGCAGGACCAGAGGCUUCUGGGCUUCGCUCUAUGACAUUCCACCCUGAUGGGCGUACUCUAUUUUGUGGGCUGGACGAUAAAUUGAAGAUUUUCUCAUGGGAGCCUAUAAAGCAUCACGAUGUUGUUGAUAUGGGGUGGUCUACAUUGGAUGACCUUAGUAUUCACGAUGGAAAGCUUUUGGCCUGCUCUCACUACCGAAACUCUGUUGACGUGUGGGUUGCAGAUAUUUCUUUAAUUGAGCCACACAGAGUUGGUGGUACACCCCAGUCAUUUGGUAACAAGGAGCAGAAAUUUAAUAUUCAGGAGGGCAUUGUACAGUCUAGUACCGAGAGGCAUACCAGUCCCCGUGCAUACGAGGCUACGGAGUACAGAAACAUAUAUGUUGAUACCACUGACAGCAGAAAGGUUGCUCCUAAAAGAAUUGACCUGGAUAAUGAUCCAAAGGUGGUACGCAUGUUGGACCCUGCUGAAAAAUACAAUUUAUCAUCUCCGAGAAAAAAUAUUGAACCCGAGUCUCGUGAGAGAAAUAGUAGCCAUGCAAAAAGUAGAUCUUUCACACCUCCCCUCGUUGUACCUAGAAACAAUGUGGAGACUACAGUCCGGCCUAGGAGAGAAGCUAUCAGCAGUGAAAGAGGCAGUCCUGGUAUCCGGCGUGAGCCAACUCUCACACGUAGUCCAUCUAGCCGAAAAUCAGACAGUAAGUUGUCAAUCGCAGCUGAACCUGGAUUUGUUAGCAGCAAGAAAAGUGGUUCAGACAUUUCAGAAGAACCAAAGUUCCAUUUUAGGUUUCUAUCAAUAAAUGAACCUACAAAAACCAGUGAGGAGGAGAGCAGUAUCAGCAGCAAGGUUGCAGAGAAGGCUGAAAGAGCGCCAUCACCGGAUGUGCCUUUGAGCUCCAGCUGCGAGAAUCGCGUCCAGGCACAAAAUUCUAACGGGGAGACUAGCUCUACUAAAAUUGUUAGAGGAGUGGCAGUUCAGCUAGGAAGGACACGGUCUCUAGUUCAGAGAUGGGAGAGCAGAGAUAAAUGUAAUAACAGUGAAGAUCUGACAAAGAAUGCAUUAUCCGAAGAUCUAACUCCCACUUUGGAGCAUAAAGGACCAGUUCCUCAUAGGGAGGCAUCAGGUGUUACAGGAAAAGAGACGGAGGCAUUACAUCUUUUAGAAAAGGAGAGGGAGGCACUGUCUCUUAUAGAAAAGGAAAGAGAGGCAUCGGCUCUUCUCAGAAAAGAAAGGGAGACAUUGGCUCUUCUGCAGAAAGAAAGGGAGGCGUUGGCUCUUCUGAAGAAAGAAAGAGAGGAGUUAGCUUUUCUCAAAAAAGGAAGGGAAGCUUUAGCUAGACUCGAGAAGGAAAAGGAUGCACUGGCUCUUCUCGAAAAAGAAAGGGAUGCAUCGGCUCUUCUUGAAAAGGGAAGGGAGGCAUUGGCUCUUAUUGAAAAAGAAAAAGAAGCAUCCCGACUUAUUGAAAUAGAGAGGGAAUCAUUAAGCCACGUAGAAUCAGAAAGGGAAGCAUCGCGUCGUAUGAAAGAGCAGGAAGCAUCACGUCUUAUUGAAAAAAAACGGGAAGCAUCAAAAGAAAGGGAAACAUCACGUUCUAUUGAAAAAGAAAGGGAGGCAUCACGUAGAAACAAUGAGGAUGUUAUUGAUGGGAUAAUGCAAAAUCACGAUGUAUUCUUAAGUGAUCUCCGGUCCCGCCUAACUAAACUACAGGUGGUGCGGCAUUUUUGGCUGCGGAAUGACGUCAAAGGUGGCAUUGAUGCUGUUGGGAAGUUGCCUGAUCACUGUAUUCAAGCUGAUGUGGCUGCUGUUCUAGUUGACAAAAUGGAAAUUGUAACCCUGGAUCUGUUCACUUGCUUGCUUCCUUUAUUUACAAGCUUACUAAAUAGCAACAUAGACAGGCACACAAAUGUAUCACUGGAAAUGCUACUGAAGCUUGUGGCGAUAUUUGGACCAGUGAUUCGGUCAACCAUGUCAUCUUCUCCAUCUGUACGGGUCGAUCUUCAGGCGGAGCGGAGGCGUGGACUGUGCAAGCAAUGCUCUAUACACCUGCAAAAAAUACAACAGCUUCUUCCUUCAGUGACUAGGAGAGGUGGUUCAGUUGCAAAAGGUGCCCGAGAAUUGAAUUUAGUUCUUCAAUAACUAUAGCUUUCAGUUUCUCUGACUAAAAGAAGAAGAAUGGUAAAAGAAAAGACUUCCUGACCAGGGGUUUCAGGCUAGCUCCUUUCUCACACUUCUAGCAGAACAUACUCUAACUGCAUCCCUAUUGGCACCUGGUAUGUGUACCCUUUCGAACCUUAGUACUUCAUUGCUGUGUGAUAGCCGUUUUGGCCUCAUGAUUAUUUUGACAUUCUACUGCUGCUCUACCCAGCACCCAUGAGAUCUCCAAGUGAAGCUUGAAUUGGCAGCAUCAGCUUCAGUUGCUACAGACUGAUUAAUAGGAAGUAUUGGUGUUAGUGAUAUAUGUUUCCAAAAUCUCAAGGGUUUCCAUGUGUCGUGUCAUGUCCUGAACUUAGCCUAUUCUUGCUGUUGAUGUUAGAUCCUGCGGAAAUAGAUCAGGGAGUCAGGGACUGAUUCUCAUGUAAAUCUUGUAUCCAUAAUAUUCUCUAAUAAAAAAGAUUGUUCUCAUUUACCAA